GGAACCUGAAAUUACCAAAUUCGCAGCAUUGUAAAAGCAACAUUUAAUGCUUACUGGUGUUGCUCAACAUGCUAAUAGCAACAUUUUUUUCCGUUUUAAAUUGAAACAAAUUUGCGCUCACAAAAAUCCUGAGGAUAGUUGAGAAAUCAAAUUUGCAAGUAUACUGUAUUGCCAAAAUGCCUCAAAAGUCGAUUAAAUCUAGGAAAAAUAAUUGCGCAAUCCAUUGGCGUCAUUAAUUUAUACAAUACAAUACAAUAGGUGAAGCAUAAAGAUAUAUAUUUUUUUUAAUAAAUUAGAGUGAAGAUGAAUCGAUUAAAUGGGAUUGUAAGCGAGAGUUUAACUGGAAUUCGUUGGGACACCGUAGUUCCAUUUGGGUUUUCGAAGUUUAAAGAUGUCCCACAAUAUAAAAGUUUUCGUUCUAAUCAUUGUUGUAUCAUAUGUGGUCAUCGAGGUCACUUCGAAGGUCGACUUUACCAACAUUGUAUGUACUUCGUAUGAUAAAGAAUUUUCUGACUUUGAGUACUGCUACCUGAAAUCGGUGAAUCGGACCUACAAAUAUUUAUCUUUUAAAUGUAACCUGUACCAGAAGCCAGUAAGGAAAGUAAAUGUAAAUUUAGCACUGCACAAACGAUUCAAUGGCUAUAGGCCAUUCAUGUACAAUAUCACUGUGGAUGCCUGUAAAUUCCUUAAGGAUCCUCAAAAAAAUCCAAUCUUAAAUUUUUUUUAUUCUUGGAACGCUCCGUUUCUUAAUGUAAACCAUACGUGCCCCUUCAAUCAUGCUAUUAUCUUGGAAAAGUUAAACACUGAAUCUGUAAAUCACCAAUUUUCUGUAGUGCUACCAUUUCCGGAUGGUGAUUAUAUGGUAGAAGUAAACUGGAUUGCCUACGACAUCAAUCGGGCUGUGACCAAAUUUUAUUUCACUCUCUCUUGAG